UUGGCCUCCUAUUUCCUCUUCUCCAAGGAACCGGGAAAAUAAAAAACGCUCUUUUUUCCUCGUUGUUUUGUCAUAAAAAAAUAAAAUAAAAAAUUAAGCUGUUUUUUCAUUUCGAUAUAAAGCUGAAAAUCAAAAAACAGAAAGUUCUUAAGAGAGGAGCAGAGGGAGGAUGGUGGAGUCGGAACGAAGCCAAAAUCCGUGGAUGAACACGAUGGACGGGUACGAUUCGGCGGUGGUAUUGGAAACGACGGUGGAGGACAGAGAAGGGCUGGGAUUGGGCGCUCCGCAGGCCCAGCCUUCAAGCAACAGUAGUUCGGAUGGGAAUCUGGGGAUCGCUGAGCGAGCUGUCUCCGCCGCCGGCGCCGCUUUUCUCUCCGCUAUAAUCGUUAACCCUCUCGACGUUGUCAAGACAAGAUUGCAGGCGCAGGCUGCAGGAGUUGCUUACUCACAUCCGCUAAGUAAUAUCAUUAGUCGCAUGGCGUAUUUUGGACCAAGAACGAUGUUUGCCGAUCUAAGAUGUUCUCCGUCUUGCACACGUGCUGGAAUUCAUGGCACUGUGUCCAUAUGUCCUCCUGAUUGUUUUCAAUACAAAGGAACACUAGAUGUCUUCUACAAAAUUAUUCGUCAGGAAGGAUUCGCCAGGUUAUGGAGAGGCACGAAUGCAGGUCUGGCACUUGCUGUACCAACAGUGGGAAUCUACCUGCCUUGCUAUGACGUAUUCCGCAAUUGUUUAGAGGAAUUUACUGGACAGCAUGUUCCAAGUGUGACUCCGUAUGCCCCCUUAGUCGCAGGCUCAUUGGCACGCUCUUUAGCUUGUGUAUCUUGUUACCCUAUUGAACUGGCUAAAACUCGCAUGCAGGCAUUUAAGGUGACCCAAUCUGGUAUGAAGCCUCCUGGAGUCUGGCAGACUCUUCUUGGGGUCAUCUCACAUGUCCAGAGCACUAGUGUUCAAAGCAACUCAGUUCAAGGCUACCGUGUCCUUUGGACAGGCAUGGGAGCUCAGCUUGCUCGAGAUGUUCCCUUCUCUGCAAUCUAUUGGUCAACUCUUGAACCGAUGAGGAGAAAACUCCUUGGUCUGGUGGGAGAUGAAGCUGAUGUGUUGAGUAUCCUUGGGGCAAAUUUUUCUGCUGGUUUUGUUGCAGGAAGCCUUGCUGCUGGUGCUACAUGUCCUCUAGAUGUUGCGAAAACUCGAAGACAGAUUGAGAAGGAUCCAGUCAGGCAAUUAAGAAUGACAACAAGGCAAACUCUUUUGGAGAUUUGGAGAGAUGGAGGGAUAAAGGGACUUUUUACUGGAGUUGGUCCCCGUGUUGGCCGUGCAGGCCCUUCAGCUGGGAUUGUGAUUUCAUGUUAUGAAGUUGUGAAAUAUGUUCUACAUCACCAUUAUGCAACUUCAUGAUAUAGGCGGGAGCUGCUUUUUAUCCAGUUUUGACUUCUUCGAGGCUUGCUUCUCUGUGGAAGGCUGGAAGCAAUUUUGGUGACUUGGCGGAGAGGCCACUUGACCUUGAAAUCAUACAAGUUUUUGUUCUGUGGAUAUCAUAGCAUGCAAAGAGUGUUUAUGCAGUCUUGAUACUUUUGUCCAUGGUUGAUGCUCUUCCAGGGCCCUCAAGGACAGAAUCUAACGUCUCACCCCCAGUUUUGGUUCUUAGGUUUUAAUUUGUUGCUCGGUCGGAGCAGAAAUUUUGUGACAUUUGGGUUUACUCCCUAUUCAAUGACAUUUGGAACGAAUUGAAAAAUGUCACCUAUUAAAAAGGUGGCAUGUUACUAAGGCAGCCAAAAAGAAUUCUCUUUGUAAAGGCUUCUUCACUUUUGCAGUGAUGUUUCUUCCGAAAAUAAUAAUAAUAAACAAAACAUUUUUUUGACUCAA